UGUUUUAAUCUUUGAAGACUAAGUUAAUUUAUGUGAUUCCUUUAUAUUGCAGUUUAAAUCUCUCCGAGUUGCUGGUACUAACGUGCUGACGAUUAAUGGUUGGGUUCGAUAACCAUGUUGCUAUGACUGGAGAUUGGAUACCGCCUCACCCGAGCCCAAGAGCAUUCUUCUCUUCACUUCUAGGUAAUGAUGUUGGGGCACGAGCUGUUGAAGCCGAUGAACAAACAGUCAAGUUGAACGCACCAUCCGACCAGAAAAUGAGCUCUCGUGGAGGGCUCGUGGAAAGAAUGGCAGCUAGAGCUGGAUUUAAGGCCCCGAGGCUGAAUACACUGGGCACUAGGCCUUCUGCUAUGUCAUUGAAUCAAGAAGUUAGGUCUCCUUAUUUGUAUAUUCCUGAUGGUCUCAGUCCAUCAAUCCUAUUAGAUUCUCCUGUUUUCCUCUCUAAUUCACUGGUCCAACCAUCUCCUACAACUGGAAAAUUUCUAUUUGCCUCAGGUGACGAGAGUAAAAGCGUUACGUCAAUGACUGAAGCUGUAGAUAAGAGAAAAGAGACUGCUUCGGCAAGCAAUUAUUCAUCCUCCUUUUUCAAUCCAAUUAUGGAGACUGAUAGAGUAAAUCUGUCCAGUCUUUCUCAGCAACGCUUUCCACAAAUUGAGGUUUCGGAUCAUCCAGAUAACUCUCUUCAAAAUGAACGGGUAUGUCAUCAAACAUCUGUUAUCAACCCAGAGGCAAGGACCUUUAAGGCACUUGGUGGUAGCAUGGAGCAUUCUCCGUCUGUUGAUGAGCAGCAAGAUGAGGACACUGAGCAAAGAGGAGGUGAAGACUCAAAUGUUGCUGGUGCUUCAGCUGAAGAUGGUUAUAAUUGGAGAAAGUAUGGGCAAAAACAAGUCAAACGAAGUGAGUAUCCUCAGAGUUAUUAUAAGUGCACGCAUCCAAAUUGUCAUGUCAAGAAGAAAAUUAUAUACGAUGGGGUUCAUAAUCAUCCAAAACCACUGCCAAACCAAAGAUCAGCCCUCGGAUCUUCAAAUUCAUUUGGUGACAUGCAACUAGACAAUGUGGAUCCAAGUGGAACGGGUGUUAAUGAUGAGUUGGCUUUUGCAACUAUCCAACAAGGACCUACUUCUGGAGGCCUCGAGUGGAGGAAUGACAAUCUUGAAGCAACAUCAUCAGCAGCUUUGCACUCAGAAUACUUCAAUGAAUCGACCACUUUACGUGCAGAUGCUGUUCAGUUGGGAUCAGCGGAUGGAGUUGACGUAUCAUCUACUUUUUCAAAUGAUGAAGAUGAUCGUGGUACUCAUGGCAGUGUAUCGCUAGGUUAUGAUGGUGCGGGAGAUGAGUCCGAGUCUAAAAGAAGGAAGAUUGAGCCUUAUGCAACUAAUACGAGUGGCGCCAGCAAAGCAAUCAGGGAGCCAAGAGUUGUGGUUCGAACUAUCAGUGAGGUAGACAUCCUUGAUGAUGGAUAUCGCUGGCGUAAGUACGGGCAAAAGGUGGUUAAAGGCAAUCCAAAUCCUAGGAGUUACUACAAGUGCACGAGUCCUGGCUGCAAUGUUAGGAAGCACAUCGAGAGGGACUCACAUGAUCUGAAGUCUGUUAUCACGACUUAUGAUGGGAAGCACAACCAUGACGUUCCUACAGCGCGCAAAAGUAGCCAAGCUAACUCGGGGGUUUCAAAGUCUCUUUCCAACCCGAUAACUAAUAAUGCUCAAAGCCGUGUACGUUAUGGAAGGGCUCCCUCACUCAGCUCAUUUGGUCCUACCCCAGGAUUUAAUAGUUUUCGCACUAGCCAGGGAGGUUUAGACGGUCUUGCAAUGGCCGGAUUGAACGCAGAUCAGCAUCAGUUACCCGUUCCCGUCCAUCCAUAUAUAGGACAGCCACAACCUGUGAAUGAUGCUGGUUUCCUGCUACCAAAUGGAGAACCAUUGUCAAAUCCUAGUUUAAACAUCUCCAAUGGCUCAUCAACUUAUCAGCAAAUUGAGAAGAUUCCCUCUUCGGCGUCAGGUGUAAAUUUUCCAAAUUUUGCCUAACCCUAAGAAAGAAAUGUUCGUUUUACAUCCAUUUGAUGCAGUUGUAGAUGCAAGUCAGCAACAAUAGCCAAAAUUAGACAAAUAGAGGUGAAUCUGUACAACAUAUGCGCAUGUCUCAUCGUAGUCAAUUCCUUCCUGUUGCGUAUACCCUUAGCAACAAGUGAAGCCUUACAUCUCUCAACUGUGCCAUAAGCCUGGUGCUUAACUUUGAGAGCUCAUUUGUUUCCAAUAGUUUUGUGUUCUUUCAGGAGAGCAAAUAGUUCCUAAACUUGGUUAUCUAGUAUCACGCACACUUCCCCCUUAUAGCAUCCUACAAGUCCAUUAUUGAACUUUUUCUUAUCU